AAGUCAAUCCCUUGGUUCAGUUCCUGGUUGCAUAAAGUCAACAACCAGCCAUAUCGCUUUAAAUUGCUGUUUUUUCCCCCCACCAACUCAGACAGAAACAGGGACUUUAGCCGAAAUGUUUAAGGGUCUGGGGACGUGGUUGGGUUUGGAGACCCCGACGUACACUAAGACGUCGGAUGAAAAGGAAAACCUGAGUGUGGAGCAGGAAGAAAAGGUGGUAGAAGCCCAAAAUGAGGUAAACAAACAGCCCCCAGCUGAACAGGAUCAAGAAGAACUGACGAAAGAGGACAGUUCAGAAGAAAGCAAAGGGCUGGGUGAAUACAUCUUCAGUUUUGCCACCAGUGCCACCAAGAAGAUAUCUGAAUCAGUGGUUGAAACUGCUCAGACUAUCAAGAAGAGUGUGGAGGAAGGGAAGAUCGACGGCAUCAUAGACAAGACUUUUCUAGGAGACUUCCAGAAGGAGCAAGAGAAGUUUGUCCAAGAAAAAAAGGCAAAAAGAUCAGAAGCGGCAGUACCUCCUUGGAUCGGUUACAAUGAGGAAGAGACCAUUCAGCAACAAAUCCUCGCCCUUUCAGCUGACAAGAGGAACUUCUUGCGUGACCCUCCUGCUGGUGUUCAGUUCAACUUUGACAUGGAGCAGAUGUAUCCUCUAGCUGCAGUGAUGCUGGAAGAAGACCAGCUCCUCAACCGCAUGCGCUUUGACCUCGUCCCUAAACAUGUGAAGGAGGAGGUCUUCUGGAGGAAUUAUUUCUACCGUGUGUCUCUGGUUAAGCAGUCGGCUCAGCUCACAGCACUGGCAGCCCAACAGCAGCAGCAGGAUGGCGAGGACCGAGGGGCCAGUGUAUCACCUGAUGACAUCGUCUUAACAGAUACUGUCAGACCAAAAACUCCACCUGUUUCCAUCAGUGACAUAAAGAAGCCGCCUCAGGAAGAGGACGAGGAGAUAUCGACAAGUCCAGGAGUGUCCGAGUUUGUGAGUGAUGCUUUUGACUCCACAGCCAUCAAUCAGGAGGACCUGAGGAAAGAGAUGGAGCAGCUUGUGCUGGAUAAGAAGGACAGCACCCCCUCUCCAGAUGACGAGUCAGCUGAUUGGGAGAAGGAGCUGCAGCAGGAGCUUCAGGAGUACGAGGUGGUAACAGAGUCGGACAACAAAGACGACCAGUGGGAUCAAGAGAUCGAAAAGAUGCUUCAGGCUGAUGACAGCUAGACGACUGCUCCACGUCUGUCUGCGGCAAACUCAGUGAUCAUCCCACAGUGAAUUAAUGAAUGAACGAAUUGUGAAGAGUGAUGCACAAGGGGAUUAUUUCGUACAUCCUGUGCCCCGCUCCACCUGCUAGCCCAGUGUCAUUACUUGUCUGUCCUGUACACGAUGAGGGUGUAGAUAAGAUAAUAGCAAAGGUGGAGAAGUGGUUCUGUUCAGGGGUAUAAAUGAAGUGCUAAUUCACUGAUCCUUCCAAAAUUAGUUUCAUCCACCCUACCACCUGACCCUAGUGUUUUCUCUGUGUGAUGGAGGGAGAAUCCACCAGGUGGCGCUUCAGUACAAGUUCUACAAAGUUUACAACUGGCUUUGGUUAAAAAUCUCAGAUCUGUAUUCACUUAUUUCUCUUUCCCUUGCUGCUUUCUGGUGAACUGUACAGUAAAGUCUUAGUAUAGGUAUAGUACAGUAGAGUAAAAUGUAAAAUUACUUUUAUGUAAAUACAGAAGAUUCUAACGCUGUCUUUUACUAUAAGUUGCAUUUACAUGUCAUUCUAUUUGCUCUUUGACAUUUUGUAUCUCAUUUUAACAUACUCUGUGCACCACUGUGUUCCUUUGUUUCUCUUCAACAGAAAUACUGUAGAUUUUCUGUUUUAUCUGCUGACCUUUAAUAAAUAUUUAUAUGACAAUGGA